AUGGACGGUUCCGAAUCUUCUCGUCUAGAACAGGAGGUUGUCACUUGUGGGCGUGAUGGGAUUCAUCUUCUUGGCCUGGCAAUUGCUGGGUUUGCUUCGGCUGUGGCCUCGGCUGUCACUUGCAUGGUAUCAGUUUUUCAAGAGCAUGGCGGCACAUGCCUUUUGUGGGUUGACAGUGGUGGUGUCACUGAUAUGAGUCAUAUGACAGAGCUUGCUCCACAAGGACACGAGUUCUAUCCAUCAUUUGAUGAGGUCUAUGAUGAUUUUGAAAGCAUCGGAUUGCGAGGCAAUCUUAAGACGACCAGUUAUGCUUAUGGUUUUGGGAAGCCGUCUGCAAGUCAGCAAAGGGGCAUUGUUCCUUUCAGCCAAGGCCUUGAUGUGAUUCAACAGGCUCCACCUGGAACUGGGAAAACGAUAACUUUCAGCUAUGGAAUUGUGCAGCAACUUGAUCUUGAUAGUGCGAAGGUUUACGCUGGUGUAAGUGGCAGAACUUAUCGUGAGGGUAAAUUCAUUCUUGAAGCCGGUGUUCAUGUUGUUGGCACUCCUGAUCGCAUAUUUGACAUGUUGCGAAGGAAGACACUUGACCCCAAAGAUAUUAAGAUGAUUGUACUGGAUCAGGCUGAUGAUAUGCUUACCGGAACUUUUACUCACAAGGUUCGUUUCUAG